AUGUCUGCCAUAACAACAACAACAACAGUCCAAGCAACUUAUUCAAAAAAACAAGAUGAUGAAAACAAUUCUAAACCCUUAAAUAAUGAAAAAAAAGAAUUACAUGACUUAUCAAAUCUUUUGCUUUCAAUGCAAAAAGAUAUCAAUACAUACCUAACAGAUCAAAUGAAAAUAACUGGUGAUGAUUAUAAGGAUGUUGAAGAAAUGGAGGAGGAAGAGGAGGGAGAUGAAAAACUUAAUUAA